AUGCGAAAGAGCGAAGAAAGAAAAGACGUCCUGAUCUGCGGGGUAAACGGAUUCACAGCACAGAAGCUGCUCGAAUACAUCGUCGAGAAAAGGCCUGAAAUGACCCUCGGCGUAACCUGCAGGAGCGAGGAGAAGCUUUCCCGAGUCUUUGAGGAGGUUUCCGUGAAAAGCAGAAACGCAAAAGCCCUCUCCCGCGUGGAAAAGCACAUCACAGGAGUCGACAGCAUAAAAGCACUCGCAAGAAUAUGUGAAGGAUACAGCGUAAUCAUCAACUGCAUCGGACCCUUUGCAAAAACAGGACUUUCUGUGAUAGAAGCCACGAUACAGGCACGCUCAAACUACAUCGACUGCUCAGGAGAGCCCGGAUUUAUCCAGGAUAGCAUCGACCUGUUCCAGGAGAAAGCGCAGGAGGCAGGGAGUAUCGUAGUCCACGCGUGCGGGUUCGACUCCCUCCCCAUCGACAUAGGAAUUGUCCAUACAGUGCAGGAGGCAGAGAGAAACGGGGGAAUUGUAGACUCAGCAGAGUCCUAUAUGCACCUGAAAGGAGCCAGGAUAAACCUGGGGACGUUUAAAACGAUCAUCUGCAGCCUGGAGAGUGCCAGGGCAGGGCGGAGGAAGAAAAAACUCCCGGAGAAAAAAAUUGCAGAGGAAGAAAAAAAAAAGAAAAAAAAAUCCGUCAGAAAAUUCCCUUUUUUUUCUCCGCAGGUGGGGAUGUACGCAGUAUUGUUCCCUGGGUCGGACUCUUUCGUAGUAAGAAGGACGAGAGUUCUCCUGGGGAGUGCAUAUCCUAUAUGUCACUGCUAUAUCUCUUUUUUCUCGGCUCUUGACGUUUUGGGGGUGCUUUUUUUGGCGCUUGUUAUUGGGGCUGUCUAUUUGCUCCCGUCUCGCUUGAGGGAGGCAGCUUACGAGUGCGUUGAUGUGCUUACGUUUGGGCGUGUUCGGAGUGAAGGACCGACUCAGGAAGAAAUCGCAUCUUCUGAGUUUAGGACGCAGAUACUCGCAGAAGGAAAGAACGCAGAAGGAGAGGAGGUGACGUAUAAAACCGUUGUUUCUGGGCCGGAUCCAGGGUAUGUUACGACUCCGAUCGCUCUUUUAGCGUCUGCUGAGACGAUUUUGGAGGGUUUGCGGACAGAACCCAGAAAGGGGGGAGUGUACACGCCGGGAGCAGCGUUUGUUGGGACCCAGAUCGUGCAGAGACUCGUGAAGGAGGGAAUUUCCUUCUGCACGGAGACAAGACAGCGUAAAACCAGGUAG